AUGCGACUCAGUUUCUUAUUUCUGGUGAUUGUCGCCAUUCUUUUCGUGAACAGCGAGGCGCGUUCACUCCGUCAAGGCUCGUCGAAGCGUUUCGCAUCAAACAAUGAUGCUGAGUCCGAAGAAAGAGUGAUACGUGUCCGCAAUCCAUUAAACGAAGCGGUUACUACAGCUGAAAGCGUGGCUCUCAAGGCGUCAAAGUGGGAUAAGUUCCGCAACAAGCUGGCCAAAUUCCUUCUUCCAGACACGAGCGACUAUAAAAUAGUGUACAACAACGGCCGAUGGAGAUCCGAGAAGACCUUUUAA